AUGAGAAGAAAGGAAACGGAAGCGCAGUUAGAAUCGGGUGAGGCGAACGAAUUUUAAACGUAGGAGGCCUACGGCUUCUAUAUUCCUCCGUGACGACCCAGAAAGGGCCGUGCGACAGAGAGGCUCGUUUAUUUCCUGACAGUCAUUUCCUCUUCUUUCAGGAGGGGAUCGGCUCCCUGAAGGUGGUGCCCGGAGGGAUCGAACUUAGAGGUCAGGCCGCUGUGCUGGAUGCCCUGGUGGCCUCCAGCCUCAGAUCCAGACGAGGGAAGAAUCUGGUACUCGAGUCGUGGAGCAACUUCACGGCGUCCGCCAGGUCGCACGAUGGCCGAUUGCUCGCCCGAUUCACCGUUGGCGAGGAUCGCGUGGACUGCGUGUCGAGAGGCUUCCGGAUAACCGACCCUCGAGGUGGAAUUCUCUUCUCGGCGGAUAGGGAACAGGUGGUGGUGGGAGCAGAGAUGUUAAGGGUAACUGGCGAUGGUGGUGCUGUUUUCCAGGGCAGCGUUCAAACGCCUCUGGUUAGAGGGGAAUCUGGCCGUGGUCUCAGGUUGGAGUCAGCGACCAGGUCCCUGAAGAUCAGCGCUCCCCAACGAGUGGUAAUCGAAUCCUGGGCGAACGAGAUCUCGGCAUCGUGCCUGACAGACCUGAAGCUUCAAAGCGUGCACGGGGCAAUCAAAUUGGACGCGAAGACUCUCUUCAUGAAAGGCUUGAAGACAGCAAGUCCUAGCCAGGGCCACUCGUCGAGAGAACAGCAGCAACAGCAGCAACAACAGCAGCAGCAGCAGCAGCAGCAUUCCUCCAGAACGUCGUCUCACCAGAGUCAAAGAGACACGACCAUUUAUCAGUUAUGUGCCUGUGCUAACGGGAAACUGUUUCUGGCCAGGUCCGAAGGAACCUGUCAAGCGGACAAAUCGAUUUGCUAA